UUAUUAGUUAGCGUUGGAAGCAUUUGCUACAUCGUCGAAAAAGAGACUGUUUUUUCAACUUAUCUUCAAAACUAAACCUAGAUGCAGAUCUUCGUCAAGACCCUGACAGGCAAGACCAUCACUCUUGAGGUCGAGCCAAGUGACACCAUCGAGAAUGUCAAAGCCAAGAUCCAAGACAAAGAGGGCAUCCCACCAGACCAGCAGCGUCUGAUCUUUGCCGGAAAGCAGCUGGAAGAUGGCCGCACCCUGUCUGACUACAACAUCCAGAAAGAGUCUACACUCCACUUGGUUCUCCGUCUGCGUGGUGGUAUGCAGAUCUUCGUCAAGACCUUGACGGGUAAGACCAUUACCCUUGAGGUCGAGCCAAGUGACACCAUCGAGAAUGUCAAAGCCAAGAUCCAAGACAAAGAGGGCAUCCCACCAGACCAGCAGCGUUUGAUCUUCGCCGGCAAGCAGCUGGAAGAUGGCCGCACCCUGUCUGACUACAACAUCCAGAAAGAGUCUACACUCCACUUGGUUCUCCGUCUGCGUGGUGGUAUGCAGAUCUUCGUCAAGACCUUGACGGGUAAGACCAUUACCCUUGAGGUCGAGCCAAGUGACACCAUCGAGAAUGUCAAAGCCAAGAUCCAAGACAAAGAGGGCAUCCCACCAGACCAGCAGCGUUUGAUCUUCGCCGGAAAGCAGCUGGAAGAUGGCCGCACCCUGUCUGACUACAACAUCCAGAAAGAGUCCACCCUCCACUUGGUUCUCCGUCUGCGUGGUGGAAUGCAGAUCUUCGUCAAGACCCUGACAGGCAAGACCAUCACUCUCGAGGUCGAGCCCAGUGACACCAUCGAAAAUGUCAAGGCCAAGAUCCAAGACAAAGAGGGCAUCCCACCAGACCAGCAGCGUUUGAUCUUCGCCGGAAAGCAGCUGGAAGAUGGCCGCACCCUGUCUGACUACAACAUCCAGAAAGAGUCCACACUCCACUUGGUUCUCCGUCUGCGUGGUGGUAUGCAAAUCUUCGUCAAGACCCUGACAGGCAAGACCAUCACUCUCGAGGUCGAGCCCAGUGACACCAUCGAGAAUGUCAAAGCCAAGAUCCAAGACAAAGAGGGCAUCCCACCAGACCAGCAGCGUCUGAUCUUCGCCGGAAAGCAGCUGGAAGAUGGCCGCACUCUGUCCGACUAUAACAUCCAGAAAGAGUCCACACUCCACUUGGUUCUCCGUCUGCGUGGUGGUAUGCAGAUCUUCGUCAAGACCUUGACGGGUAAGACCAUUACCCUUGAGGUUGAGCCAAGUGACACCAUCGAGAAUGUCAAAGCCAAGAUCCAAGACAAAGAGGGCAUCCCACCAGACCAGCAGCGUCUGAUCUUUGCCGGAAAGCAGCUGGAAGAUGGCCGCACCCUGUCUGACUACAACAUCCAGAAAGAGUCCACACUCCACCUGGUUCUCCGUCUGCGUGGUGGUAUGCAGAUCUUCGUCAAGACCCUGACAGGCAAAACCAUCACUCUUGAGGUUGAGCCCAGUGACACCAUCGAGAAUGUCAAGGCCAAGAUUCAAGACAAAGAGGGCAUCCCACCAGACCAGCAGCGUCUGAUCUUCGCCGGAAAGCAGCUGGAAGAUGGCCGCACCCUGUCUGACUACAACAUCCAGAAAGAGUCCACACUCCACUUGGUUCUCCGUCUGCGUGGUGGUAUGCAGAUCUUCGUCAAGACCUUGACGGGUAAGACCAUUACCCUUGAGGUUGAGCCAAGUGACACCAUCGAGAAUGUCAAAGCCAAGAUCCAAGACAAAGAGGGCAUCCCACCAGACCAGCAGCGUCUGAUCUUUGCCGGAAAGCAGCUGGAAGAUGGCCGCACCCUGUCUGACUACAACAUCCAGAAAGAGUCCACACUCCACCUGGUUCUCCGUCUGCGUGGUGGUAUGCAGAUCUUCGUCAAGACCCUGACAGGCAAAACCAUCACUCUUGAGGUUGAGCCCAGUGACACCAUCGAGAAUGUCAAGGCCAAGAUUCAAGACAAAGAGGGCAUCCCACCAGACCAGCAGCGUCUGAUCUUCGCUGGAAAGCAGCUGGAAGAUGGCCGCACCCUGUCUGACUACAACAUCCAGAAAGAGUCCACACUCCACUUGGUUCUCCGUCUGCGUGGUGGUAUGCAAAUCUUCGUCAAGACCCUGACAGGCAAGACCAUCACUCUCGAGGUCGAGCCCAGUGACACCAUCGAGAAUGUCAAAGCCAAGAUCCAAGACAAAGAGGGCAUCCCACCAGACCAGCAGCGUCUGAUCUUCGCCGGAAAGCAGCUGGAAGAUGGCCGCACCCUGUCUGACUACAACAUCCAGAAAGAGUCCACACUUCACUUGGUUCUCCGUCUGCGUGGUGGUAUGCAGAUCUUCGUCAAGACCUUGACGGGUAAGACCAUUACCCUUGAGGUUGAGCCAAGUGACACCAUCGAGAAUGUCAAAGCCAAGAUCCAAGACAAAGAGGGCAUCCCACCAGACCAGCAGCGUCUGAUCUUUGCCGGAAAGCAGCUGGAAGAUGGCCGCACCCUGUCUGACUACAACAUCCAGAAAGAGUCCACACUUCACUUGGUUCUCCGUCUGCGUGGUGGUAUGCAAAUCUUCGUCAAGACCUUGACGGGUAAGACCAUUACCCUUGAGGUUGAGCCCAGUGACACCAUUGAGAAUGUCAAGGCCAAGAUCCAAGACAAAGAGGGCAUCCCACCAGACCAGCAGCGUUUGAUCUUCGCCGGAAAGCAGCUGGAAGAUGGCCGCACCCUGUCUGACUACAACAUCCAGAAAGAGUCCACACUCCACUUGGUUCUCCGUCUGCGUGGUGGUAUGCAGAUCUUCGUCAAGACCCUGACUGGCAAAACCAUCACCCUUGAGGUCGAGCCCAGUGACACCAUCGAGAAUGUCAAGGCCAAGAUCCAAGACAAAGAGGGCAUCCCACCAGACCAGCAGCGUCUGAUCUUCGCCGGAAAGCAGCUAGAAGAUGGCCGCACCCUGUCUGACUACAAUAUCCAGAAAGAGUCCACCCUCCACCUGGUUCUCCGUCUGCGUGGAGGGCAGUAAAUCAUGCCAUGCGUUACACAUCAGUAGCUUUAUUAUUGAAUUAUGCUUUGGAGACUUGAUUUAAAAUUUGAUCUUUUGAGCCACACAACACAUCUUAAAAAAAAAAAUUUGUGCAGUCGUUAAAAAAAAACAAAUAAACAAGAUACAGAAGGGCAAAUUCUUAAAUUCGGACAUGCAUGUCCGACAGUUUAAUGAGCUUCUGUUGGUAGAGUGAAUGUGACACUUCACUUAUAUGUGACAUCUAAUGAAAAGAAAAUGUUUAAAGGCCAGGCAAAUGUAGUACAUGUACCACCUUAACAAUCUUACAAAUCAUGUUGUUGGACAUACAAAAAGAAAUGGAAUUAACAGAAUUGCGAAGUGGGUGUUUGAAAAUGGGUACAUCCUUUUAAACAAGUCAACAGUUUUAACCCUAACUCCCUAGGGGGUGUGCCUAAUCAUAUUGAAAUUGGAGGAUUCAGGACUGUUCAGGAUCUAUAGAUGAGUAAAAACUAUGUAAAACAAAUUUGGUAUUCCAGUCGCUUUUAAGUGGAUCUAGGUUGCUUCACAAAACGUAUUGUGUCCACAAGCAAACUAUUAUUCAUAAUGUUUCGCAUAGAUCACAAAAUAGUGCAAAACUGACGUUUGCUUUUGAUGUGUUAACUUGACUACUGCGCUGGAUGCUAAGGCAAAAGACAAAUUACAUGUACUUGACAAACCAACCUAUAGCCAAGCAGUUUCAUCUCAAUUAAUCAACUCUAAUUGAAGCUUGUUGGGCAACUAAUAUACAUGUACAUGAAAAACAUAACAUUUGACGACACUUAAAAAUGAGUAACAAAUUGGGGAAGUGCAUUAAAACGUAAAAUUGAAAA